UUCAGGAGCGUCAGUGGAAAAAAAUGUUAACGUGCUUCCAGCUGUUCUAAUUGUUGAUUCUUGGUGUGUUUUUUUUUAUCUCUUCGUCCCUGCUCUUUUCCACACCGAAUCAUGACCAGUACGGAGAGUAUUGUGGAGCAUCCUUGCGCCGGGUCGGAGCCCCUGAAAGACAAGAACACACACUUGCCGGGCAAAACGACGCCGAGUGGGGGCUCCGGUUGCGGCGUCUUCGUGGACAGCGGCGGCCCCAAAGUGACAGUCAACGGGGUGCACGACAUCGAGGACCGCAUCCUGAGGAUCACCGGCUACUACGGCUACAACCCGGGGUACUCUAGUCACAGGAGAGAGGAUGGUUUGGAGUCUCACGCUGAGACGCCAGGCAGUGAGACAAGUGGAGAAAGCCGGUCGUACCAAACAUGCACCAGCACAGUGCUGAAGGUGCUAGCUGGUCUGCUGAUGGUGCUGUGUGUCUCUUCCUCCUGGGUGGGUACCACUCAGGUGGUCAAGCUGACCUUCCAGUCAUUCUCCUGUCCUUUCUUCAUCUCCUGGUUCAGCAGCAACUGGAAUAUUCUCUUCUUUCCUAUCUACUACUUUGGACAUGUGCUGAUGACAAGGGAGAAGCAAACACCCAUUCAAAAAUUCAGAGAGUGCAGUAAGCUGUUUGGCGAAGAGGGCAUGACUCUGAAGCUUUUUGUCAAGAGGACCGCACCUUUUUCCAUCCUGUGGACGUUGACAAACUACUUGUACCUUUUGGCCUUGAAAAAGCUGACCGCCACUGAUGUCUCCGCCCUUUACUGCUGCCACAAGGCCUUUGUCUUUCUUUUGUCCUGGAUUGUCCUCAAGGACCGCUUCAUGGGUGUGCGGAUUGUGGCUGCCAUCAUGGCCAUCACAGGUAUCGUCAUGAUGGCGUAUGCUGAUGGUUUCCAUGGUGAUUCCUUUGUUGGCGUGGCAUUAGCUGUGGGCUCGGCUUCAACAUCAGCUCUGUAUAAAGUGCUGUUCAAGAUGUUUCUGGGCAGUGCCAAUCUCGGCGAGGUGGCUCAUUUUCUUUCCACCAUGGGCUUCUUCAACCUCAUCUUCAUCUCCUGUGUGCCCCUCAUCCUGUAUUUCACCAAAGUAGAGCAAUGGGGUUCACUGUCCUCGCUUCCCUGGGGGUACCUAUGCGGUCUAGCAGGACUGUGGCUUGUGUUCAACAUCCUGGUUCAUGUUGGUGUGGUGCUCACAUACCCUAUUCUCAUAUCCAUAGGAACGCUACUCAGUGUGCCUGGAAAUGCAGCUGUAGAUGUUCUCAAGCAUGAGGUGAUCUUCAGCGUGGUGCGUCUGGCUGCCACUUGCGUCAUUUGCCUGGGCUUCCUGCUCUUGCUGCUUCCAGAGGAGUGGGACUCGGUUACAUUGCGAUUCCUGGCCAACAUCGCCGAUAAGAAGUCGGAAGAGCACGGCGAGGAACUCACGGAUUCCAGCGUGCACACGAGAAGUCGCAGUCGAGCCAAUGGUGCCGUUUCCCUUCCCUUAGGAACUCCUCUGUGAGGUCUAACUCCACGAAGAGGGGCACCAAAUGGAGGAAGACAGGAUGGAUUGUAAACCACAAAUGUAUUGGGGGAUACAUCGUUGUCUCCAGCUGCACCUGGCGCACUACGAGAGGCAUAUUUAUGAGUUUUGCAAAUGAAAAUGGUGGAAAGUGUUAUUUACUUUCUUGGUAAACCUGCCACACUCAGCCCCUCGCACGCUGACUGGCCUCAGCCCUGCUCUGCUCUGUAGAAUGUAUUCUGUGAAUAUAAAUCCUGGCAGGGACAGUCUGGCUUAUAACAUACGUAUGUAUUUAACGAUGGAGUAAUACAUGUAUUUAUUUAUUUAAGUCUUGAAGAACUGCAUUACAUAUAAGAAAGAUUACAACAGUUAUUCCACUCAUAAUGUACAGCAUCUUUUGUUUCUUUUUAAUAAAAAAAAAAGAACCUUAUUUGGUGUGGUGUAGCGAGAUGUUGCAAGGCUAGAAAAGUACAUCUUUGGUGUUAGCGCCGACAAUAACAAAGUUAAUGGAGCUUGGUUAAAAAUGCAUUUAUUUUAAUUUGGAGAUUUUUUUCAAAUGGCUUUAUUAGUGGAAUAGCUGUGUCCCAUUAUGCGUCUCUAAACCCAACCCAUUCUCAGCUGCCUAUUUUUUAUAUCUUUAGAAUACAGAGAAAAGAGAAAGUGUGCGUCUCACAUAAGGAUUGCGAAUAAUGGACAAAAUUCCCCCCAAAAGUGCAGUUUUCCUUUAAGUCUGCAUUCACUGUGGGUGAGUGCAUACAAAAGAAAGUACUAAUAUUAAUCAGUAUUCAUAGAGUAUUAAUCAGCAGAGAUUAUUUCAAAUACCAGUCCAGGGUGAACCCCGCAUCUCACCCAAAGCCAGCUGGGAUAGGCUCGAGCAUACCCCUUAUCCUCACGAGGUAUGCUGGAGCUUAUCCCAGCUGUCUUCCUGCGAGAGGCAGGGUACACCCUGGACUGGUGGCCAGCCAAUCACAGGGCACAUAUAGACAAACAACCAUUCACACUCACAUUCAUACCUAUGGACAAUUUGGAGUCGCUAAUUAACCUAGCAUGUUUUUGGAAUGUGGGAGGAACCAGGAGAACAUGCAAACCCCACACGGAGACUCGAACCCAGGUCUUCCCGAUCUCCUGUCUCUGUGUCCUACAUGCUAACCACUUAGAAAAACAGC